AAAAUUGAAAAUGGUUCGAAUAAAUUAAUUGCCCAUUAGCUUCCUUCUCAGAAAAACUUAAAAAAAUUAAACUUUAAAGCUGAGCUUAAAAAAGCUGAUAACUUCAUCGAUAUUUAGGGGCUGGGUGGGAAAAUGAGGUUAAAGGUUGGGAGCAGAAUGCAGAGGUCUGGCAAUAAUGGUGGAAAUGUAAGCAGCGGUUUCUCAACGAAGUUGGUCUCUCUCUUCUGCAUUGCCAGUUUCUGCUUUGGAGUUUUUGUUGUCAACAGGUUGUGGGCAGUUCCCGAUUUGGUUGACACGGACAAGAAUAUUGCAGCAUCUACUGGAAAAUAUGGGAAUAUAAAUCCUGCUAUCAAGUGUGAUCACAAAAAGAUUGAUGCUUCUGCGAAUGGUGACAGACGUUCUCAUGCUAUCAAGACAUUAGACAAAACAAUAUAUUCACUGGAAAUGCAACUUGCUGCUGCAAGAGAGGCUAAAGCUGAAAAUGAGAAAAAAGCUACGGAUGCAAAAUCAGGAAACAAUUCAUCAAAUUAUAACGCCCAAAAGGUGUUCUUUGUCAUGGGAAUUAUUACUGCUUUCAGCAGCAGAAAAAGAAGGGAUUCCAUUAGGGAAACAUGGAUGCCUCAGGCUGAUGCUUUAAAGAAGCUGGAGAAGGAUAAACGAAUAGUUAUCAGAUUUGUGAUAGGGCACAGCGCUACACCUGGUGGAGUAUUGGAUAGGGCUCUUGAUGCUGAAGAAGCAGAGCACAAGGAUUUCUUGCGAUUGAAUCAUGUAGAAGGGUAUCACGAAUUAUCAUCGAAAACUCAAAUUUACUUUUCGACAGCUGUCUCUAAGUGGGAUGCUGACAUGUACAUUAAAGUUGACGAUGAUGUGCAUGUCAAUCUUGGUAUUUUAAGUUCGUUAUUGUCUCGCCAUCAAUCAAAACCCCGUAUUUACAUUGGUUGCAUGAAGUCUGGACCUGUCCUUGGCCACAAAGGAGUGAAGUACCAUGAACCCGAGUACUGGAAAUUCGGGGAGGAAGGAAAUAAGUAUUUUAGGCAUGCAACAGGGCAAAUUUAUGCCAUCUCCAAAGAUUUGGCUAAAUAUAUUUCUGUGAACCGAGACAUACUACACAGAUAUGCAAAUGAAGAUGUAUCUCUGGGGUCAUGGUUUAUUGGUCUUGAUGUUGACCAUAUUGAUGAAAGAAGCUUGUGUUGUGGGACACCCCCUGAAGAUUGUGAGUGGAAAGCACAGGCUGGGAACCCUUGUGCAGCAUCAUUUGAUUGGAGCUGUAGCGGCAUAUGCAAAUCAGUCGAACGAAUGGUACAAGUUCAUCAGCUUUGCGGUGAAGAUCGAGAUAUUUUUUAGCAUGUGUACGUUUUUGUCCAUAGAAUGAAAUGUGUGCAUGUGUAGAGUCAAUAGUUAAUCGGGUCAAAAGGAUAUUUCAACCCAGUAUUUGAACCGGUCCAUCAAAUUUCAAAUAUUCAUUUUCCAAAUAGCCAUUGUGCA